AUGAUUCUAGAAGAAGCACUACCUGCCAUUGAACAAAUGCUGGAACGUGUCUGGAACUUUCAGCAAGACAAUAGUCCCAUGCAUUGCAUGGGACUAUUCAUCUUGGAAUUGGGCCUGAAUGAACGGACAAAGCCGAACGACCAGGAUCUUGAGACCUUGAACGAAAUGUUUAUAUGA